AUGACUUUAAUACAAGAAAAAACUAAAAUAAUAUAUCAUUUUAAUAAGAAAACAAUCAUUUUAACUAAAAAUAAAAUUUUAUUUAUAAUAAUUCAUUUAGUCCUUAAAAAAAUAAUAAUUCUAAAAAAGCUAAAGAAAACAUAAAUGAUUAAACUAAUAAUUAAAUAUAAAAUAAUGAAAAUAUAAAUUAUUUAAAAAGAAAAUAAAUAAACUAAAAUAAAGAUAAUUAUUAAAAAUAAUAAGAUGAAAAAAAAAGCGAUUAUUCAGAAAUAUAUAAUAUGUAUUUAAAUAAUAAUAAUAAUAAAUUUAAUUAAUAAAAUGAUAAUGACACUUAUUAUAAUACCCAAUAAAGAGAUAUUUAAUAAAAAAAAAUGA